AUGGCUCCUUCAGUCGACCUGCUUUCGGGUCCUACGCCACUGCCCAUCAAUACCAAAGCGACAGCGACGUCUGUCCGUACACCUGAGGCGCCGAAAGCUGUCGACACUAUCUCCAAGAAGACCAGCACAGAAGAUGCGGUGGAACCCAAUGCCAAGCGCACGAAGCGUGUCGGCAAGCUGCCCGUCACUCUCUUGUCCGGCUUCCUGGGCGCUGGCAAGACGACCCUGCUGCAGCACAUUCUGACAAGCAACCACGGUCUGGGUCGCGUCGCGGUCAUCGUCAACGACAUUGGCGCCCUCAACAUCGAUGGAGCUCUCUUGUCUCAGGCCAAGGUGAAGCAGACGACUGAGAGAUUGGUAGAGAUGCAGAAUGGAUGCAUUUGCUGCACCCUGCGCGGCGACCUCCUGGAAGAGGUGGCUGCUCUUGCACAAGAAGGUGGCGUCGAUUACCUUGUCAUCGAAAGCACCGGCAUCAGCGAGCCUAUGCAAGUGGCAGAGACUUUCAGCGAAGAAUUCUCGCAGAUGCACGUAGCAGCCGCCGAAGACUUGAAAGCUGAGAUGGCCGAGGACGAGGAGUCGGCCAAGCAAAACGCCAAAGUAGCACAGAUACUUGCUGCCGGCGGUCUACCUGCAAUCUCGCGUCUCGAUACUUGCGUCACUCUUGUGGAUGCUUGCAACGUCUUCAAUGAUUACCAGACUGCAGACUUCCUGGUCGACCGUAACAAGAACGGCGAGGUGCCUGAGGAGGACGACAGAUGCAUUUCUGAUCUCAUGACGGAUCAACUCGAAUUCGCCGACGUCGUCAUCUGCAGCAAAGUAGACUUGGUCGCUCCGACCGAGGUAGAGCGCAUUCGCAGCCUUGUCCACCAGCUCAAUCCAACGGCCACUUUCAUACCUGCUGUCAAGGGCCAAAUCGACCUGAGCAAGAUUCUCAAUACUGGGAGCUUCUCCUACGCCAAAGCUGCUACCUCGGCCGGAUGGCUGCGAAGCUUGCAAGAAGUCGUCAAGCCAGAGACCGAAGAGUAUGGCGUGGGAACCUUUGUGUACCGUGCUCGUCGUCCUUUCCAUCCGCUUCGCUUGUGGAAAGCGAUCCGCGAGGUCUUUGUCGUCAUUCAGACCGAGUACAUUGACGAUGGCGAAGGGAGCGAGCAAGAUGAAGAGAAGGCCAUCGGCGAUGAUGCUGAGAUGUCAGAGGCCGAGGUGGAAGAAGGCGAUGAAGAGGUCGCCUCUGACGAUGAGGAUGAAGCAGGCGAAGCUCAGCCUCAACUUAAUCCCGCAGCUCGACUUGCCAGCAAGAAAGCAUCUGGCUGGGCCAAUCUGUUUAGAUCGAAGGGCUUUAUCUGGCUUGCUACCAGGCCUCUCAUGUUUGGCGAGUGGUCCCAAGCUGGAUGCAUGCUGACUUUGAACGGAGGUGGCAGAUGGCGCUGUGAAGUGCCCGAAGAGGACUGGCCUCAAGAUCCUGAAAUUGUCGACGCAAUCAAACGCGACUUUGAAGGACGUUGGGCUGACCGUCGUCAAGAGCUCGUCUUCAUCGGACAAGGUAUGCGAUCCGACCCCAAGACUGGCAAAACCGGCAUGGAAGCUUUCAUUCGUCAAAACCUAGAUGAUUGCUUGCUGAGCGACGAAGAGUGGAAAGAGUGGGAGAGGAUCAUGAAGGGUCACAGCGCGCAACAGGACCUUGCCAAGCGUGCGGAGAGACUUGAGAAGAUCUUUACUGAUGGCUUCGAGGACUGGCCCGAUGAUGAGGACCACACUGGUCACGAUCACGCUCACUGA